AUGGCCCGUUACUUCUUGACUGCGCUCUGGACGGUCGCCCUCGGUCAGGCGGUUUUGGCCAUACCAAAGCUGGUCGCACGUGGGACCACUAGUUUGGAUACCUGGCUCGCGUCCGAGACGGCGGUGGCACGAGAAGCUAUUCUAAACAAUAUUGGAUCGGCAGGAGCGUGGGCGGAGAGCGCAGAUUCAGGAAUUGUCAUCGCUAGUCCGAGCACGGAUAACCCUGAUUAUUAUUACCAGUGGACACGAGAUGGGGCCUUGACGAUGAAAACGCUUAUUGACCUGUUCAAGAACGGAGAUACCGGCUUGCUCAGUGUGAUUGAAGAAUACAUCAACGCCCAGGCUUAUAUUCAGACCAUCUCAAAUCCGUCUGGAGAUCUCUCAUCCGGAGGUCUUGGUGAACCCAAAUUCAAUGUGGACGAGACCGCGUUUACCGGCGCCUGGGGCCGCCCUCAGCGCGACGGCCCAGCGCUCCGAGCAACCGCGUUGAUUGCUUUUGGUCAAUGGCUCCUUGAUAAUGGCUACACAUCCUCGGCAACAGAUAUUGUCUGGCCAAUUGUUAGGAACGACCUCUCCUAUGUUGCGCAGAAUUGGAACUCGACUGGUUAUGACUUAUGGGAAGAAAUCGAUGGCUCUUCGUUCUUUACAAUUGCCGUGCAGCACCGCGCUCUGGUAGAAGGAAGCACUUUUGCCAACCAAGUCGGGUCGUCAUGCACAUACUGUGAAGUUGCGCCACAGGUCUUAUGUUUCUUGCAGUCUUUCUGGGCAGGCUCUUAUGUACUUGCUAAUUUUGGAGACAGCCGCUCCGGUAAGGACUCUAACACCCUUUUGGGGAUCAUUGCAACUUUCGACAAAGAUGCUGGUUGCGAUGACAGUACUUUCCAGCCUUGCUCCGCACGGGCAUUGGCAAACCACAAGGUGUUGACAGACUCUUUCCGCUCCAUUUACACACUCAACUCCGGUAUCGAAGAGGGCGUCGCCGUUGCCGUGGGUCGUUACCCAGAAGAUACAUACUACAAUGGAAAUCCCUGGUUCCUAUGCACGCUCGCGGCGGCCGAGCUGCUAUAUGAUGCGUUAUAUCAAUGGAACCGCAUUGGCUCGUUAACUAUUACCGAUGUCUCCCUAGCCUUCUUCCAGGAUGUGUAUAGCUCAGCUGCCGCUGGAACCUAUGCCGCAUCCAGUGAAGAAUACCAGUCGAUUACGGGUGCUGUCAAGACAUAUGCAGAUGGAUACAUGAGCAUUGUGCAAGAGUAUGCAAUGACGAAUGGUUCGCUGUCGGAACAAUUCGACAAGGCCGACGGACUUGAGCUGUCGGCACGCGACUUGACCUGGUCCUAUGCUGCAUUGUUGACGGCGAACAUGCGGCGCAAUUCCGUCGUGCCCGCUGCAUGGGGUGAAACCUCGGCUAGCAGUAUUCCGGAAGCGUGUACUAGUGGAUAUACUUCCAUCGGCACGUACAGUUCGGCCACCUACACGAGCUGGCCUAGCGAUUUGACGAGCGUGUCGGGAUCGACGACCACGGGCUCGACUGCAUCAUCCACAACAACUUCAAUAACGACAACCAGCACGGCGUGCACGACGCCUACUUCCGUGGCUGUGACUUUUGACCUGAUUGCAACCACAGUGUAUGGCGAAAACAUCAAGCUUUCGGGCUCAAUUGCACAACUUGGUAGCUGGGAUACGGACGAUGCCGUCGCAUUGAGCUCAAGCGAGUAUACUGAAAGCGACAAUUUAUGGUAUGUGACGGUGGAUCUCCCGUCCGGCACUAGUUUUGAAUACAAAUACAUUCGCGUUGAAAGCGAUGGAAGCGUCGAAUGGGAAACCGCCUCAAACAGAGUCUAUACAGUGCCAUCAGCCUGUGGCACUACAGCUGCAACAGAGAGUGAUACUUGGAGUUGA